GGUCGCCAUGGGGACGGGGCUGUUCCCGGGGAGGCUGUGAUGGGUUGACAGGUGCGUGACAGUGGGAGCUGCUCUCGGCACAAGCAUGUACGGCAAAGGCAAGAGUAACAGCAGCGCCGUCCCGUCCGACAGCCAGGCCCGGGAGAAGUUAGCUCUCUACGUAUAUGAGUAUCUGCUCCAUGUAGGAGCUCAGAAAUCGGCCCAAACAUUUUUAUCAGAGAUAAGAUGGGAAAAGAACAUCACGUUGGGGGAGCCACCAGGAUUCUUACAUUCUUGGUGGUGUGUAUUUUGGGAUCUGUACUGUGCAGCUCCAGAAAGACGGGAAACAUGUGAACAUUCAAGUGAAGCAAAAGCCUUCCAUGAUUACAGUGCUGCAGCAGCUCCCAGCCCAGUGCUAGGAAACAUUCCCCCAGGAGAUGGCAUGCCCGUAGGCCCUGUGCCACCAGGGUUCUUUCAGCCUUUUAUGUCACCUCGAUACCCUGGAGGUCCAAGGCCCCCAUUGAGGAUACCUAACCAGGCACUUGGAGGUGUCCCAGGAAGUCAACCAUUACUUCCCAGUGGAAUGGACCCAACUCGACAACAAGGUCAUCCAAAUAUGGGUGGGCCAAUGCAGAGAAUGACUCCUCCAAGAGGAAUGGUGCCCUUAGGACCACAGAACUAUGGAGGUGCAAUGAGACCCCCACUGAAUGCUUUAGGUGGCCCCGGAAUGCCUGGAAUGAACAUGGGCCCAGGUGGUGGUAGACCUUGGCCAAACCCAACAAAUGCCAAUUCAAUACCAUACUCCUCAGCAUCUCCUGGGAAUUAUGUAGGUCCUCCCGGAGGUGGAGGGCCACCAGGAACACCCAUCAUGCCUAGUCCAGCAGAUUCAACCAACUCCGGAGACAACAUGUAUACUUUAAUGAAUGCAGUACCUCCAGGACCUAACAGGCCUAAUUUUCCAAUGGGCCCUGGGUCAGAUGGUCCUAUGGGUGGAUUAGGAGGAAUGGAGUCACAUCACAUGAAUGGCUCUUUAGGCUCAGGAGAUAUGGACAGUAUUUCCAAGAAUUCUCCCAAUAAUAUGAGCCUGAGUAAUCAGCCGGGCACUCCAAGAGAUGAUGGCGAAAUGGGGGGAAAUUUCUUAAAUCCUUUUCAGAGUGAGAGUUACUCCCCUAGCAUGACAAUGAGUGUGUGAUCCAUUACCAAGUCUCCUCAUGGAAACCACAGUGAGUCAGCCCUUCACAGAACUACUACGGAAGAAAAUUAUUCAUCACAGUGUACAGUUAAACAAAGGAAUCUCAGUCACACCAAACCAACCUUUUUAUUUCCUGCUCUCUCCCCUAUUUUGUGAAGAAAGCGGGUCCAAACGUGAUUCGAACAACUGUACGGAGCGGCACAUUAGAAUUGCCCUCAACUGAACUGCAAAUGAUUAUCUGUGUAUGUAUAUGUGUGGGAAAGAGAAUGUAUCGUAUGUGUGUAUGUUAUAUGGACACAUGCACAUACGUACAUUGACCCACAGGACAUUGUAAAAUACUAUCACAUGACAUCUUAAGUAGAAAUGAGUAGGGACUUUUAUUCCAUCCUUUUUUUCACGUUUACAUUUUAAUUAUUAAAAGUUGCUCCUGCCCCUCCCUGAACUAUUUUGUGCUGUGUAUAUCACUGCUUUAUAUAAGUUAUUUUUUAAGGUGAACUCAGAUGUUAUGGUUUUGUAAAUGUCUGCAAUCAUGGAUAGGAAUAAAAUCGCUUAUUUGAGAGCUUUCAUUAAAUUGCGUGUGAUGCAAGUUAUCCUGUGAAUGACAACGUGUACUAAGAAAAGAAGUGUGUCUUCAUCUUUAUGUCAAAUCAAACAAUUUCUCAGUAACCUUCAGUGAGUAUUUUUGUACUUUUUAUGUAGGGAUAAAACUUCAAAUCAACAGAAGCUUAGCUGGGGCCUAACACAGUAUAUUUCUGCAGUAACUGCUCUAGGUGGAAUUCUUGAUUUGGCUUAGAUGAUACAGAAAAUCAGUAAUUAGCCGCAGUUGCUUAGACCAUAGCAAUAAAGUGCCAGGGGUCAUCAUAUUUUUAGCAACACAUUUUCUGUUUAACAUGAUAAAGCCCCGACGUAGUAACUAUUUGCUUGAAUUAGUCACUUGUCACCAGGAAUGCUAGAGCUCAGUUUUUUAAUAAGAUACUAAUGUGAAAUGGUGCCUCAUUUUUAUUCAGACUUCUUGUGAACAUUUUCACAUAGACACUGCAAAGAGAUACAUUCAAAUGAUUGAGGCUUUUAGCACAAGGGAGAAGGAAAAUUUUAAUCACACCCCAGGGGUUCUGGAGUGCCGCUUCUCUACCCAAGUAUCUCACUAGUGGCAGAAUUGACUGUGUGUCCCUGGUCACUGGCAGCAAAGCAGGUGCUGUGUUCCCAGGAUAUAGGACUUUUAUUAGAGAGAAAUUAUUGUAGUCAUUGACAUUAGUCAUAUAUAUCUACUUCGUAUAACUGUUCAGAAAACAUUAGAAAAUUUAAACAAAACACAACACUUCCCUUAUGAAAACACAUUGCUCUGUGGCCCUUUCCAGAUCUUUUGAGUUUCCUGUCUUCCAUCAUACACAUAAACACCGAAGUCAUAAUAGAAAAGUGUGAAGACCGACUUUAGACUCUGAAAGCUAAGAUGCUGAUCCUUCCUGUUAAAAUUGUAAACAACUAUAUAUCCAAACUCAAGAGAUUUUGAAAAGCAUUGUUUAAUCUCAGGUAAGGGGCAUCCAUCUUUCUGGAGGCAAAUGGUCUCUAAAGUGACACUUUGGCAUUAUAUUUACUAGUCAUUGAUCCUAGAUGACUUACUUCUCUCAAAUCCACGAGGAUUUAUUCCUUCUGAAAAUAAAGAUUUUUGCCUGUGCAUGACAGGGAUGCUAGGCAGAACUGUUAAAACGGAAAAAGGAAGUUGAAUUAAAAUUUAUGUUCCAGAUUUAAACUAAUCAAACUAGUUGCCAUUAAUCACACAUUGUGCAGAGGCUAGGACUGCAGACUGGAGAACAGCGUCAAGCUUUCAAGCUGCAGAGAGGCUUUCAUGAAAAAUUCAGACCACAGGGUCUUUAACUCAAGCCCGGGUAACCUGGAGAUGACACCUUGUACAGAUACGUGAAUUUUCCAAGGAUAAUUUUAAUUUUCACUUUGUGAUAGUUGUAUGAACACCGACGGUCUUGAGAUAAACUUAACCUUAUAAUGCUAGAAUUUUGAAAACUUUUGUUCACUCUUUUCUCCAUUGUUACUGAUCUUGAAUUUCUUUUAUUUGCCUUCUAAGAAGGUAUUGUUUCUUAUUAUCAAAGAAUCGUGAGCAUGAUUUUACUUGCUCUCAUUUUGGGGGUAAUAUUGGAUGUGGAUGGCAAUAUGGGUCCCAUUAUCUCUAGCCUAUUUGGUUAAAAAAAAAAAAAAGUAAAAACCAAGGUAUAGCAAUCAAUUCAGCUUAAGUAUUUCUUUUUCUCUUAGAACCCAGAUUAAAAAUAGCUAGUUUUUUAAAUUCCUGAAACAGUUGAAAAUUUGAAGAAACUGGAUUCAAGAAAACCAGAAAAUAAGGAUACUUAAUUCUAACAUCAAAUAAUUUUCUCAUCUACCAAAUGGAAAACAGUAUAUCUGUAUAUUAAUUUUGUUUAGGUGUUGAAUCAUUUAAACCUUAUCCUUUUCUCUUUUCACCUAUGUUUUCCAUGCAUUUGUGUUGAUGUUUAUGUAUACUACCCUUUCCUGAGUUACUUUUAACAUUUCAUCUCACAGUAACAUUAGCAAUUCUUGUCUACAUUGAACAUAUAAAAUACAUGUGUAAUAUAAAAAUAAAUAGGUGAAAACAUUAAUUCUUAUCACUCUGCUUUGCGUUCUGCCUAACUCACCACAGUUGAAAAUAUAUGUCAAGUUAUUUUCUAAGGUAUGUAUGUCUUUAAUCAGCUGUCUUUCUUAUAGCAGAAUUGCACUUGGAAACAGAAUCUGGAGGUACCAUUGAUUUGGUAAUAACCCACAGCUUUGAUGGGUAAAUGUUAGUGCUUCUUUCCAAGUGUUCCAGUUUGGACUCAGUUUCUGAUGAACAGGAAUUACAUAGCUAAGAAUCUGAGGUUAAGAUUUUUCUAUGGCCAGAAAAUUAAUAAAUCUGCUCUGUGAGUUGUGGAAAGUGCCUACAACAAUCAUUUCUCUCCAGGAAUAAAAUAGAAAAAAUGUCCAUUUCUUUUUUUUAUGAUUCUCUAAGUUUUCUGAACUCUAUUGCAUUUCAUAGGCUCAUUCAGUUCACAUUUUUCCUGUGCUUUGAAAGAGCAAAUGAAAAUAAAGGAGUUCAGUUUGGGACAUGAGGAAGCCCUACGUCUGUCCAUACCUUUUCUCUGUCAUUUCAUUCUGAGAAUACAUAGCCAAGCAUUUAGUACUGAGCCCUUGGCAAAGAGUUUUCCACAGUCCUUAAUGCCAUGAGGUCUUGAAUGGCCUUUUUUUUUUCAUGCCUCCCUCCCAAUCUCGCAUCCUCCAGUAGAAAUAAAAAGUGAACAUUUUUACCUUCUCAGCCCUUACAGUUUUCUUCUUCAUACAGUAUACAGUUUUCCCAGGGGAAAAAAAUUGCAGUUUCCACUUUUAGAUUGUCACUGUUAAUUGUGUCAGUGAACCAUACCUUGAGAAAUACUGGAAAGGUGAACCACUAUCAACACGCUUCCAUUUGGCAUAUUAAACGUGUGUGUGUGUGUGUGUGUACAUGUGUGUUGAGAGUAGCAGUGUGAAGUUUGCUCACAAAACACUUCCACUAUGACUUGGAUUGUGCUGUAGCCCAACUGGUAACUAUUAAUUCCUUCCUUUGAUUGUGUUUUAUUUCAAUGGUAAAGAUUAGCUGAUUUAAGUCAUUUGGGGUGGACAGAGUAAUGCAAAAUAUAAACGGAUGGCCUCGCCCGCUUCACAUCCUGUGCUAGCUUGUCCACAUUAGGCUUUCUUACAAAGGCUUUGCAUCUAAAGGUAAGAGCAUAGGGACCACCUAAUCCUCGGCCACCUCACUGCCAUGAAUUGUGCAAUAAUUACAGUCUUUCAAUGUAGACAUUUGUUUAGAAGAAAAUUGAAUUGAAAUUCACCUAUUUUACCACAAGUGUCAAGUUUACCCAUGGACUGUAAUUCAGACUGAAAGGAAGGACCUACAGAUGAAAACACCUGAGACCUCUUUAAUUUCUUUUCUGAACUUUGCGCUAAAGAGAAAUUCUGAAUUGAGUAAGUCUCCUAAGGAGUAUUUCCUCUAAGUUCCCCAUGUUAACUUAGUAUAAUGGUCUUCCUGAAUAGAAGAAAAAUAAUUUCUAUAAGUAGUUUAAUGUAAAUACUUUUGCUGUCUACAAUCUUAAAUAUGUAGACAAAUAUAUAGAUACUGUAAAGUUUCAAGUGGGAUUAAGUCUUUUCAUGUAUAGAAAUACAGUUUAUCCUCCACCACCACCCCUUGUGGAUUUACUGUCUUCAGGACUGGACUCACUUCGACUAUCUCAGUCAUUGAAAUGUAAUAUUUUCCUGGAAAUAUUUGGCAUUUCCAUUUUUUAAGUGAGAUGUAAUUAGCAUGACAAAGGCAAGUAUCAAUAUUCCUAGAAAAAAGUAUUUAUUCCCAGAACUUAUUUGCAGUUAAUGUUAAAACUUUAUCCCACUUUCUCUUUUGUGUAUGCAACAUGACCUCAGUAUAUUGCCCAGAAAAUGAAAUUUGGAUUCUUCAUAGUGUUUUCAGAACACAAGACAAUGUGUUAUUAUCUAAAUUACCAUCAUGUCCUGACAGGUAAAUGCAAUUAAUCAUCUACUUAUUAGAAAACAAUUCAAAUAACCUUCCCAGUUUACAUAAUUUGAAAGUAAAUCCACUUUAACCUUAGCAACACCUUAGAAAUGCUUUUAAUAUAAACAACAGGUUCAAAUAUGUAUGUGACUUUCUGUUGUAUUUCAGAAUAAUUACUUUCCAUGCAUUGAAACAAUUAAACUUAGCAGAAGUUAUAUGUUAUAAUGAAUAAAGAACAUGGUGUUGUUUCAAGCAUGAAUGGACAAGUCUUUACAAAGAAGAUUCUUUUAUAGCCAUCAGCUUAUUGUAUUGUUUAACUGUGAUUUUACGAUUUUAAGAUGUUUUCUUACUACAUGUAUUUAAAUGUUACUUAUAAUGUCUUCCUGGAAAAACAAUUAUUUGUAAGGUUUUUAUAAAUGCACAAUUAAUGUAUAAAUAUAGUUGGAAUCUGGGAUGACUCUUCGUAAUCUACUAUUUUUCAUUCUACCAUGGCCACCAGCUACCUGGUACAUUUUGUAAAUUUAGCAUCUUCCUGUGUGUGUGUGUGCAUGCACAUUCACGCACACAUGUGCAUUAUUACAUUUUCAAAUGAA